AGACGACGAAAUGCGUUUCGUUGUUACCGGUGGGGUCUUGCUGACCGUAUUGCUAGCUCUAGUUGGGGCCUUCAACGCCCGACAGGAAAACGCCGAACCAGACUGGUGGGAGGGUGGAGUGUUCUAUCAGAUUUAUCCCCUUUCGUUCCGAGACGGCGAUGGUGAUGGCCAGGGCGAUCUGAAAGGUAUCACCGAACGGCUAGAGCACUUGGUGGAUCUGGGAGUGGAUGGAGUUUGGUUCAAUCCUAUGUUCAAAUCACCGAUGGCCGAUUUCGGGUAUGAUAUUUCUGAUUUCCGAGAUAUCAACCCCAUUUUUGGAACCAUGGCUGAUUUGGAGGCAAUGGUAGCCAGAGCUCACGAGUUGGGAAUAAAAGUGUUACUGGAUUUCGUGCCAAACCAUUCGAGUGAUGAACACGACUGGUUUGUUCAGUCGGCUGCAGGAAAUCCAGAGUACCGAGACUUCUAUACUUGGCGUGAUGGGAUGGCUGUUGGAGAAAGCACAAUUCUGCCGCCUAACAAUUGGAUAGCCGUGUUUCACACCCCAGCUUGGACCCAAUACCAGGGAGGACAGUUCUACUUACAUCAAUUCGACAAGAAGCAACCAGAUUUGAAUUACCGCAAUCCAAGAGUGAAGCAAGAAAUGGACGAUAUGAUCAAAUUUUGGCUGGACAAAGGAAUCGAUGGGUUCCGUGUCGACGCCAUCAAUCAUGUGUUCGAAGAUCAAGAGUUCCGUGAUCAACCAUUGAUCGAUGAUCGCCUGGGACCGUCUUAUGCUAACAUGGAUCAUCGGUAUACUCGUGAUUUGGAAGAAAACUACGGAAUCGUAUACUCCUGGCGGGACAUCUUCGACUCGUACAAGGCUCGGGAUGGGCACACCCGCUUCAUGAUGACCGAGGCGUACACUUCGUUGGAAAAUUUGAUGAAAUGGUUCGGCAACGACACGCACCGGGGUUCGCAUAUGCCGUUCAACUUCGACUUUAUCACUACGAUUACGAAUGAAACGAGAGCGGAGGAAUACAAACGGCUGAUCGACGACUGGAUCGAAGCGAUGCCAGAGUACGGGAGUCCCAAUUGGGUUCUCGGUAAUCACGAUCGUCCCCGGGUUGCUUCUCGAUUCGGGCGGGAUCGUGCCGCAUCGAUGGCCAUUAUGGAGAUGACGUUGCCAGGAAUAGCCGUUGUUUACUAUGGUGAAGAAAUCGGAAUGGAGGACAACCGGGACAUCACUUGGGAGGAAACGCGCGAUCCUCAGGCUUGCAAUGGACCUAAGGAAGAUUUUCAGGCAAACACACGAGACCCGGUGCGAACCCCAUUCCAGUGGGACAAUUCUACCCAUGCCGGAUUUGCUGCUCCAGGUUCUAGUACUCCCUGGCUUCCGGUUCAUCCGAACUUCCGGGAGGUAAAUUUGGCAGCGCAGAAGGCUGCACCCAAAAGUUUGUACAAACUGUACCAACAGCUGAUUCGACUGCGCAAAGAACCCACUUUCCGGCAUGGAGAUUUGAAGACUUUUGCGCUGAUGAAUAACGUGUUGGCAUUCACUCGGUCGCUGGAGGGCAAUGGAAGGUUUGCAGUUGCAGUGAAUGUAAAUCCAAAUGACGUUAACUUGAACUUGAAACAUCUCCAUGAGGAAACCAAUCGAGCUAGGGUCGUUCUAAGCUCUCUGGAUGCUGAAUUGCAAGAGGGGCGUGAAAUUACCAAUGUUGAUAACAUCGUUCUAGGACGAUAUGACGCUGUAGUGUUCCAACUGUACACAGAUGGUGCUGCCAUUGCUCAGCUUUCCGUUGUGUUGCUUUUGCUUUCGAUUUUACGAGCAAUUUUCGCCUAGUCAUAAAAUUACUAACUUAGACUAAGAUAAUGACUAUUUAAA